AUCGUGUGUUGCGAGCCCAUCUCCAAUGUAUUAUAUUGUAAAUUUUAUAUUUCAAAAUAAUUUUUUUGGGCAAAGACUCCAAUGGAUCUGUACGACGAUAUCGACACUAAGCCAAGAUCUAGCCAGAUAGAUGGGUGGUCAUCAGGCAUAAAAAUGUUACAAACGCAGCUAGCAGUGAAGAAAGCCGUCAAGAAACCUCUGAUGACUCCAGUUGUCAACUUGCGAGCCAAGCGUCCUGCAGAGGCAGAGAGUCCAAUAUCCCUAGCUCCCAUUGGGCCGGUGGCGACGACAAAGCCCGUAAUUACAGGCAAGGCUCUGCCGCCGCUCAUGCUAGAGAGCUUAAAAAUUGACGAGUGGGACUAUGUAGACGAAUACGACCCUCAGUGGCCAAAUGAAUAUGAGAAAUUAAAGGAAAAGACCAAGAUUGGAGAUAAAUCCCGAAAUAAUGGUGGGAACAACAGUGGAAGCUGUCGCGAGGAACGCGACAGAGACAGGGAGCGAAAAAGAGGACGCGGUGGAAGACGAGAGGGCAACAGAGAUGAAUUGUCCCCGCCGAAUAUAAAAUUCGGCGGAUUUGGUAGUCGACAAAACGCCGAAGAAAGGUAUAGUCCACCGCUCCCUGGUUUUGUUUCUAAACAGGGGGGUGGAGCCGCCAUUGCUCCACCGCCUUCCCUCCAAGAAAUAUCCAUUGAAAAUGGAGACGGAUCGUCAAACGUUACCAUACCAUAUUCUGCCACCUCGGUGGCCGCCAAGAUUAUGGCCAAAUAUGGCUUUAAAGAUGGCCAGGGCCUUGGAAAGUCAGAACAAGGAAUGUCGAUGGCCCUGCAAGUAGAGAAGACUUCAAAGCGAGGGGGACGUAUCAUUCACGAAAAAGAUGUAUUUCUGGCGCCAUCGUCGCCGCCAUCUGGCCCCAUUGAGUCGGUAUCCGAACUAGAAAUUCAACCACCUCAGCUGUUAUGCCCAGCGCCUCCUGCCAACGGCGAAGACGAGCCCAGCAUAACAGAGAUCAUGAAGUCCCCUAGCAAGGUGGUCCUCCUUCGUAAUAUGGUGGGGCCCGGAGACGUUGACGAGGAUCUGGAACCAGAGGUAAAGGACGAGUGUAACACAAAAUACGGCGAAGUAAAAAGCGUUAUCAUCCACGAGGCAUUUGGCACAAUUCCCGAAAAUGCUGUUAAAAUAUUUGUGGAAUUUAAGCGCAUUGAAAGCGCUAUCAAAGCUGUGGUGGACCUAAAUGGACGUUUCUUUGGAGGCCGACAAGUGCGAGCUGGAUUUUACAACUAUGAUAAAUUUAAAAGUUUUCAAUUAAAUUAACUGUAUUAAAGUCCAUCCGUGUGUGUGAGUUACAUCUACAUCCUCCAUCUGAUAACAGCUCACCGAAACACCAAACGGGUUAAAGUGGCUUCUGCGGAAUAAGUUACCAACUUUUUGGGCUGUUUAGCAACAGGAAGUAUGCAGACUGCGGCAGAAUAUGUUGGCACUAUAUAAAAAUGAAUUAGAUGACGAAGAAUUGCACAUUUUUCUUUAACAAAGA